GCUGUUCGGUAGAUCCAGCACCACUCGCCCGUGGACAGCUCCCUCAGGACCGCUUUACAUGGACACAACACUCAUUUAUGUGCCAAGUCAUUUUGGAAGUUUACUACUCGGAGAGGAAUCUAAGGAUACCUCACUGCACGAAACACGGACACAUUCCCUUUGGGAAAGAAUCCAAAUUCACUGUUAACUGACGCGCUGUCUCGGGUUCGAGCGUGUGUUUGUGUGGAGCUGUGCUGCUGUCUGCGCGGACUGGUGCUGAAAUCAUGGCGACAAACAACACCAAAAGCACCGAUGGACAAGUUGUGACGGAACUCAGCGAGAUCACAACUAACGACAAACCCAAAGCAGAGGACGACAAACCCGAGAAAAAGAAGAAAGACAUUCCAGCUAGAGAAACUUGGGGCGGGAAGUUUGAUUUUCUGCUGUCAUGUGUGGGCUACGCCAUCGGACUGGGCAAUGUGUGGAGAUUUCCGUAUCUGUGCGGGAAAAACGGCGGCGGGGCUUUCUUGAUCCCUUAUUUUUUGACGCUCUUUUUUGCGGGAGUUCCUCUGUUUUUUCUUGAAUGCGCUCUUGGACAGUACACAUCCAUUGGCGGCCUUGGGGUUUGGAAACUGGCUCCAAUGUUCAAAGGUGUUGGUCUUGCUGCUGCUGUUCUAUCAUUCUGGCUGAACAUUUACUACAUUGUCAUCAUUGCUUGGGCUCUGUACUACCUAUACAACUCCUUUACCACUGAGCUUCCAUGGAAAACGUGUAACAAUCCAUGGAACACAGAGAGAUGCUAUACAAACUACAGCAUAGUAGACACCACCAAUCUCACUAGUGCUGUCAUGGAGUUUUGGGAACGAAAUGUGCAUCAAAUGACAGAUGGCUUAGAAAAACCUGGUGAGAUUCGCGCUCCACUUGCAAUAACACUGGCCAUUGCCUGGGUCCUCGUCUACUUCUGUAUCUGGAAAGGCGUGAGCUGGACUGGAAAGGUUGUGUACUUCUCAGCCACCUACCCAUACUUCAUGUUGUUCAUUUUGUUCAUUCGUGGAGUGACACUGCCCGGGGCAAAGGAAGGAAUCUUGUUCUACAUCACUCCUAAUUUCGAGAAGCUGAAAGAAUCUGAGGUUUGGCUGGAUGCUGCAACGCAGAUCUUCUUCUCAUAUGGUUUGGGUCUAGGCUCUCUUAUUGCUCUAGGCAGCUACAACCCUUUCCAUAACAAUGUGUACAGGGACUCCAUCAUUGUGUGCUGUAUAAAUUCCUUCACUAGUAUGUUUGCUGGAUUAGUGAUUUUUUCUAUUGUGGGCUUCAUGGCACACGUGACAAAGAGACCAAUCGCUGAUGUAGCUGCAUCGGGUCCUGGUUUGGCGUUCUUAGCUUAUCCAGAAGCUGUGACGCAGUUACCCGUCUCACCAUUGUGGGCUAUUCUCUUCUUCUCCAUGCUGCUGAUGCUGGGAAUUGACAGUCAGUUCUGUACAGUGGAGGGCUUCAUCACUGCUCUGGUGGACGAGUUCCCACGGCUGCUCAGGAACAGGAGAGAAAUCUUCAUCGCAUGUGUGUGUGUGGUGUCCUACGCCAUCGGUCUGUCAAAUAUUACACAGGGUGGCCUCUAUGUGUUCAAACUCUUCGAUUAUUACUCGGCCAGUGGAAUGUGUCUGCUCUUUCUGGUUUUCUUUGAGUGUAUCUCAAUCUCCUGGUGCUAUGGUGUGAACAAGUUCUAUGAUAACAUCCAGGAAAUGAUUGGGUACAAGCCUUGUGUAUGGUGGAAAUUGUGCUGGAUUUUCUUCACCCCUCUGGUUGUUGCUGGUGUGUUCCUCUUCAGUGCGGUGCAAAUGGUUCCUCUUACGAUGAACAACUAUGUGUUCCCUAAAUGGGGUCAGGGGGUGGGCUGGCUCAUGGCCCUGUCCUCUAUGGUCCUCAUUCCUGGUUAUAUGGUCUACAUGUUCCUCACCCUGAAGGGCACUUAUAAAGAGCGCAUAAGGAUAAUGCUACAGCCUCCUGCAGUGAGGCGCGCUCAGGAGAAUGGGCCAGAGCAACAGCAGCUGCAAUCACUGCCACAACAACCGGAGCAAUCACCGCAGCAACAGAAAUCACCCCAACAACCGCAGCAACCAGACCAAACACCACAGCAACCAGAACAACCGCAGAAGCUGCAAUCACCACAGCAACCGCAACCACCGCAGCAACCACAACAACCACUUCAACCACAGGAGCCAUCUCAACCACAGGUGCAGGCUGAAAAUUCUUCUCCAGCUAACCCUGGCAGUGAUGCCAAUGUGUAAAAGUAGUGUAGGUGAACCCCAGCAGAGAGCAAUCAAAGAUUAAAAACACAGUGGACUUCCAUGUUUAUACAGUAAUAGAAUCAUCUACCUCCAGGGGUCAUACAUAAGCAAGAUAAACAUUUAAAAAAAUAAAUAAUAAAAAAGUAAAAAAAAAAAAAAAUAACACAAACACACAAAAAACGUUUUGCAUUUGUAAAACUUACACGGAAAUCUGUAAGCUUCCCAAAUGCAAAGCAAAGAGUGUCUGUGCUAAAAAUGACUUAUAUACUAUGUAUUAUGUGAAUCUGUCUCUACUAAGGUUAUACUGUGAGUUAGAUUUAAGGACAGUGCACUGCUUCGCAAUGCAUAAGCUAUAUCUGUGAGAUGUGAUAGACUGUUUCCAUGUUGCACUGGGGACUAAAUCGCUGAGGGCACACGAGCAUCAAAGAGAAAAAGGGCGAGAUUAUGUUAUGUUCUGGGUCAUUUGGAAGAACCAAGGUGUAUCAAGCAAGCCCUGUGCCUGAAGCACAAAACAUUUUCAUCACCCUUGGGUGACCCACUAUGUGUUGUUUUAUAUUUUUGUUGAGAGAGACUGUUACUAUUUUAUUUUUAUUUUCUGAGAGUAAAAACGAGAAACUACUUGUCUGUGACAAACAUUUUUAGAAUUCUUUUUAGAAUGCUUUGUACUUUAUUGUUGUGACCAAGGACCAAAAUCAUAGACUAAAGCAAAAACUAAUCUAUGCCAGGCAGAGUGUAGUUUGUAAAGCACAUGGUACAAAAAUACAGAAAAAGAGAAAACAGCAAAACACAGGGUGAACAUUUUUCAAAUACAGAUUAUUGACAAGUACUGUCAAUUCAGUGUCCUGUUUACAUGCCCCUCAGGAAUAUCAAAAACAAUAAUCAAAUCCCAGACAUGGCUCUAACCCAGAGUUUAUAUGAAGGCCUUAAGCCUGUGAUACACUGAUCAAUGGAGCUGCAAUGUUCAGCUAUAUUUGCAUUGCCAUCAGUUAAUUCAUGUGCCAAAAUGUUGAAUCAGUACAGUGUUUAGAAGAAAAAAAAAAAAGAAAAAGAAAAAAAAAUAGCUAUAACUAGCCACUUGAAGGUUUACACUACUAGACUGUGCCAUACUUUCUUGGAAAAGUAUAUAAAAUAUGAUCUUGAUAAAAAAAAUAAAAAAAAAUUUUUAAGUUAGUAGCACAUACUAAAUAUAUUAAGGCCCCCCCCCCCCCCCUCCACCCAAAAGCACAAGACAAAGUAUACACAGACGGCUCUAAUGGUAGGGCAAUGGUGUAGCAACAGUUUGCGUCAAAGGCAGCUAGCUAUAUAUUGGUCAUCUUAAACAUGUUUACUAAAGGGAGAUAAGUACCUACAUGAAAUGUGAAAUUGCUAUGUCCUGUGAAUUUUGUACAAAAUUACUUUACUGCCAUUUUUUCUGGAACUUUAUUGUAAAAUUGUAUUGUGUAAAAGAUGUAACCGUGAAUGUCUGUAUUCCAUUUUUAAGUUCUUGUCUAAAUGUUGAAAUAUUUGAAAAACAAUUGCUGUUUUCUGCAAUAAUAUUUUGAUCUCUGAAACCGAAGCACAUACCUUAUGGAAAUUAUGAGAAGUGAGUGAUGAUGAUGAUGAUGAUGAUUAUAAAAAGGAUUAUAAAACAAAUAGAAUUUAUGUCUCGUAAGAAAUAAUAUUGUUUUGUAUAUUUUUAACUGUUACACUGCCUAAAACAAAUUAUACAUAGGACAUGUAUUUAAAUGGUGUCAUAUGAAAAAAGCACGAUUGUUAUGUAAAAUGUAUGAAUAAACAUAGAAAUAUUUGUAGUCUACAAUGUGCGUUGAAUUUCAGUGUUCACUACAGAAGUCUGUGUUACAAAGACAAGAUAAUUCUUUUUCAAACAGAGCAAAUAAAAACAUCAAAGAAUGCACUAUAAUAACAAAUAAGCCGUAAUUACCUGGGCUGAAAAAAUGAACGUUUAUGAUGCACAGAUCCUAAUGAAUGGGCAAAGCAAUGAAACAGGUCAUAUUUCAGCUCUUUUUGCUGUAUUAUUCAUAUUCUGUAGUUGAUCAUCAUAGAUAGCCCCUUGGGUUAUAAUCAAAGAAAAUAAAGAAUAUAAAAAUACAUACAUGAAGGUGGUCAGAAACUGGCAGAAUUUAUAGCAUGGAGUGCAAACCGACAAUUUAAGAGAGACAAUUACUGCUAUUUUUUUUUUUUUUUUUUUAAAUAAGCACUGAGUAGUACUGUUUAAAUUUCAACAUCUGAGUUUAUAACAUUUAUGUUAUGUUAAUAAUAUGUUCCUUCUGUUGAAUCGAUUUAAAAAUGUGAUUUGAAAACUGUUGUUCUCGUCAUGUUUGACUCAUUACAAAGGAUUUGUGCCUUAAUUGAGAGAACAACAGAAAAAAAGCCGGAAGUGAUAAAAAAAAAAUAAAAAAAUGUUACAAGAAGUAAUUUCAUUUAUUUUGUGUGGUUGUAUAAAGGUAAUUUCCACAUUCGUGCAUCAAUUGUCUGUCUGAGGUUCAUGUUCAAAACUGUAAUGAUGGUGAAAUAGUGGCCUAGUCAUGCAGUAUAACGACCAGGCAAAAGUGUGAAGAAACAACACAUCCAUAAUUUG